AUGAACUCUGCGCUGGCGAGGCGGCCGUUAGGCUGCCUCAAAACUAGCCUACGACUGGCAAGACAGCAGAAGAUGGUGUUUUCUCGGAGGGGUAUGGCCACCGAGGCUCAGACGACGACGACGACUGCACCAGAAGCAACAGCAGGAGUAGAAACAGUGGCAGCGGUAGAAACGGCGGUAACAGCUGCGACGCGGCCGCCAUUAAAUCAUGGGUUUUUCCGCAUAUCCGGCCGCAACCCCAACACCAUCCGCAGCGCCUUCGCCGUCUACCCCAAAACCACUCUCGCCGGCACCCAAACCCUCGCCCCUCCCCCCGUCAACCCUCUCGACGCACUCCACCAAGCCCAAAUCCAAAAGAUGGACCCGACCGGUGUCCGCACCGCCCUCUUCGCCAAAACCCGCGACGCCGCCAAAGUCGGCGACGUGCUGAUGGUCACGCACCGACGCGGCGGCGAACCUUUUGCGGGGGUGUUGCUGUCAAUUCGCCGGAGGGGGAUUGAUACGGCGAUUUUGCUAAGGAAUCAUUUGAGUAAGGUUGGUGUGGAGUUGUGGUUUAAGGUGUAUAAUAAGAAUGUGGCGGGGAUUGAGGUGGUGAAGAGGGCUGCGAAGAGGGCUAGGAGGGCGAGGUUGACGUAUAUGAGGAAGCCGAAACAUGAUAUGGGGAGUGUGGAGGAGUUGGUGUAUGAGUGGAAGAGGAAUCGGAAGGUGUUUACUUCGGGGAAGGCGGGGAAGGCUGCUGCGGGGGGGAAGGCUGGUGGGAAGGGUGGAGCGAAGGGGGGGAAGGUUGGGGGGGGGGGUGGGGGGAAGAAGAAAUAA